GUUCGUUCGAUUCAUUCCUAAUUAAAAAAGUCCCAAUUCUAAUUUUGUUUUUACAAAUUCAUUUUUGAUAAACUGCACAAAGAGCAGUUUAUUUCAAAUUUAACGGUAAAGUUCGGAAUUAAAAAAUGAAAGUGCUAUUUGUUUUCGCGGUGUUUGUUACAAGUUCAUAUGGGAGAGUAACACCGGACUUCUUCCCAGAAUGCAGAAAAAGCGAUCCUCAAAUCAACCAGUGCAUCCUGAACGCAGUUGAAGAUCUCAGACCUAGACUAAUAAACGGAAUUCCUGAACUGAACGUGCCUCCUCUAGAACCUUUCACGGUGCCUACGUUGAAGCUUGAUCGAACAGCACCUAAUUUGAGAUUAAAGGCAACUGUUAAGAAUAUGAAAGCGUAUGGCGGAAGCCGUUUUAAGGUGGAAAAAUUGAGGGUGCACCUAAACAAUAAAUAUGCGGUCGAGAUGAAGCUCUCAAUACCGAAAUUGGGUAUCACAGCGGACUACGACGUCAGGGGAUCUCGUGUGCUAACGCUUGACAUCAGCGGGAAAGGCAAGCUCAGGAGUAACUUCACUGGAAUAGUAGUAGUGGCAAAGGGCAUCGGGAAGCCGAUCACCAGGGAUGGCGUCGAAUAUCUGCAGGCUGACAGAGUGGUAGUCAAGUUGAAGAUAGGACACGGUCAAGUCGCCUUCUCUGAAACCGAAAGGCCGUUAGCUGCGGCGUCAGCAGCAGCAUUCUUCAACGCCAGUCCUGGAGUGGUACUGGACAUCCUCAACCCUCUCAUCGAAGAGACAGGCGCCGCCAUCUUGAAGGCCUUCAUCAACAAGAUCCUUGGCAAUGUUCCUCUUAAUGAGUUGCUUGUUGAUGAUGCCCCGGCUUCUUAAAGUGAUGGUAAAAGAUUGAGAAAUGAGAAAAAUUGUAUGGACGGAUGAAGUUCAUGGAUUAAUUGGCAAAAAAUAUGAUUGAGCUCAAGUAUAGCUUCAGUGAGUAUGACAAAAAGUCGAAACCUUUUGUUCACAGCUAACACUGUGGCAUAUGAUGAGCGUACUCGUGAAAAAUAUAAAUAUGUAUAUAGGAUUAUUUGUAUAAUUUUAACAAACUCGCAGGACUGUAUUACUAAGAUCAUAAACAACAACUUU